GGUUUGGGAACAAGGAAAUUACCCAAAACUAACUGUACCUUUCUUCGAGUUCACACUCUCCUUCUCCAAGCACUGGCCCUCCGCGAAAUCCACCCUCAGCCUCCCGCCGGCGAAGAACACCAUCAGCUCCCCGGCCGACGAGGUAGUGGCAGGUUACAUUGCUAAUCGGCGUCGUGUUUCUGACAUCUCUCCUUCCCGAACUGUCGCCUAAAACCUAUAUAGACAAAUCUAUCUCCGAGUCCGCCGUAUUAGAAUUGCUCUCCGUCGCUGCAGCUCUUACUUCAACACCGCCGCUAUCAAGAGAGAUGGAAUUGAUGAAUACUUGCAGCUUCUAGAAGUUGUUAGGACAUGAUUAGUGCAUUCCCCAGAAUGACAGAAGAGUUCACUUGUGAGUUUUAGGAAAAGAUCGUUCAAAGAAAAAAGAAGAGAGAAGAAGUUUAAAAUAGAGUGAGCUGCUUCGUCGUCACUAACACAAACCCUUUCCCUCUCAUCACAGCUUAGGAACAGUCAAGUGAAAUGGGGUCUCACAGUCACCACAACCAUCGCCAUUGUCCAAUCCCUGUCUCCUGUACACCGGCUGCUUACUGCUGUUCAGGUGGCUGCUGCAAUGAGAAUUCUCCUUACUCGCCUACUGGAUCACCACUUGACCCACUUCUCGUCCAGUCCGUUACUGCCCUCCUCCACCAACAACAGAACUAUCAGCAGCACCAGUGCUUAAGUCCUUGUUGUUUUCCACCCAGCAGAGUUUAUACCCGCAAAGAUCACUGCGAAACCCCUCACUCUCGUUCUCAAACCCAGCAUUCUGGCAUGCUGCCUCAGAAGGGUUCAACCAGCUUCUUUAUCUCAUCCCUGCUCCAAAGACUUGAGGCCUUGGAGUCCUCUCUGCACCAGCUAUCUUCCACUUCUGCUGAUAAGUACCCGCUAAGAGAUGCUGCUGCCAGGGUAAUUCAAUCCCAUUAUCGUGCCUUUCUUGUUCAUAAGUCAAGAACUUUGAGACAACUCAAAGACCUGGCCUCUAUCAAGUCUACCUUCAACUCUCUCACUGCUUCUAUAUCCGGGAAAUCCAGUUUCAAUUUUGAGCUAGUGUCUCAAAAAGCCAUGGACUUGCUGCUCAAGCUUGACUCUGUUCAGGGUGGUGAUCCCAUGGUCAGAGGUGGGAAAAGGUCAAUGAGUAAGGAGUUGGUUAGGUUUCUGGAACUUGUUGAUAGUUCUAGGAAGAAGACAAUUUUAUAUAAAUCAGCUACAAAGGCAAGACCAGUUGGCUGCGGGAACAAAUCUGGUGCGAGGAACGUUAGUACUGGCUGUGGAGAUGGGAGUACGAAUCGAGAGGAAAUAGUGCAGAAGUUGAGGCACAGGGUUGGCAAGAUUAAUGAUGGGUUAUCUAGGAUGUGCAAGCAUGACGAGGAAGGUGUAGAUUUCGAAGGGUUUCAGUAUGACUUGAUUGCCGAGGAUGACAUUUUGGAGGAAGAAGAGGAUAAGAAGGUGGUUUGGAAACCCAAAAAGAGUGGUGCUGAUCAACAUCUUAGAGUGAAAAAUAAGAGCGUAAGCUUUGCCGAGGAUGAGAAUGUUCACACUUUUUUGGCUGAUUCCCCUGGGAAUGGAAGUAAUUCCUCUUCGACUAAUGAUGAUGUUGAGGAGCAUUAUUCUGACGAUGAAGUUGAAGCCACUCUGCUUACGACUGAUAACCAGAAUAAAGAGGCUCCAUCACGUCAUGGAAUGUUAUUGGCGCAGAAAAGGAAGAACCAUGGAACCAAUGUGAAAGCUAGUGUUGGUAUGCAUGAAGAAGACGGAAGUUUUUUCGUCUCUGCGCCAGUUCCUGCAAAGAUGGAGUCAAGGGCAUAUUCAACAAAUGCAAGUAGUGCUGCGAAAAAUGUCUCAUAGUCAUGGCUUUUCUAUGUGAAACGUUUGUGCUGACCACUAGUUUUCAACUUCUCAACUCCAAACUGCUGUGUGAUUUCCGAUUUGGAUUGGGUGCCUAUUUUCUCUUUGCUAUUUUUUUUUAUUUUUUUGCUCAGUCGUCUUUGCUUGUAGGGGUAGACGGUGGAGGUAUCAAUGUUUAGAGACUUGAUUAUUGAUUACCACUUUCACUCAAGAUCGGAGGGAUAACUGAAAUGGAAUGAAGCAGUUGAUGUGGUCGUUCCUACCAGCAGCAGCAAAUGAAGCAGAAGUUACGGCUCCUUUCGCCUGAUCAAUGGGACUAAGCAGCAGCAGAAUGGUGCUGUUUAGCUGAUGAAGUUUGUCUGCGAUUCCAAUAGAACAGAGAGCGUGUCUGUAACAUAUGGGACGUGUUGCUGGGCCUGUUCAUUGGCUAUUCAUAUCCGAUGUGAUUAGACUACUAGCGAAUACUGUAGCGCUAAACUUGGGUGUAGGUCUGUAGGAUCAAUUUCAUUAAGUCCCUUGAGAUGAAAAAAGACGGUUAAGUUUUUUUACCUUUUUAGUUAAAAUGUAUCUUCUUCGUUUUAAUUCGUUAAAAAAAUUUCAGUCA